AUGUCUCAGAGAUUCACCUUCUUUCUAACAGCUCUUCUCAUUCCAUGUUUUCUUCUCCUUAGCCCUUCAUAUUCCCUCAAGGAAGGAGAAACAUGCAUCGUGAACAAGAACUGUGAUCGGGGAUUGCACUGUGAAUCGUGUCUCGCCAGCGAUAGUUUCCGACCUAGAUGCACCCGAAUGCAACCCAUUAACCCCACUUCCAAGGUAAAAGGAUUACCGUACAACAAGUACUCGUGGUUAACAACCCACAAUUCAUUUGCUCGAAUAGGUGCAAAAUCCGGCACUGGCUCUAUGAUUCUUGCUCCUUCAAACCAACAAGAUUCGAUAACUAGCCAGCUCAUUAAUGGUGUUAGAGGGUUUAUGCUUGACAUGUACGACUUCCAAAAUGAUAUAUGGCUUUGCCAUUCUUACGGUGGGAAUUGCUUCAAUUACACCGCAUUUCAACCCGCGGUUAACAUUUUAAAGGAGUUUCAAGUGUAUCUAGAAAAGAAUAAGGAUGUUGUUGUGACGCUUAUCAUCGAGGACUACCAACCCGCGGUUAACAUUUUAAAGGAGUUUCAAGUGUAUCUAGAAAAGAAUAAGGAUGUUGUUGUGACGCUUAUCAUCGAGGACUACGUGAAAUCUCCUCAUGGUUUAACCAAAGUAUUUGAUGCAUCUGGAUUACGAAAUUUCAUGUUUCCGGUAACAAGAAUGCCUAAAAACGGAGAAGAUUGGCCUACUCUUGAUGAUAUGAUCAGUCAGAACCAAAGAUUGCUUGUUUUCACGUCCAAUCCUAAUAAAGAAGCGUCUGAGGGUAUUGCAUUUACAUGGAGAUACAUGAUAGAGAAUCGAUAUGGAGAUGGAGGGAUGAAGGUUGGAGGGUGUACCAAUAGACCAGAAUCAGUUGCAAUGGGAGAUAGAUCGAGAUCACUUAUUCUAGUCAAUUAUUUUCCGGAUACUGCAGAUGUGAUCGGAUCUUGUAAGCAGAACUCUGCUCCUCUUCUUGACACUAUAAAAAGUUGUCAAGAAGCCGCAGGACAACGCUGGCCUAACUUCAUUGCAGUCGAUUUUUACAAGAGAAGCGAUGGUGGAGGAGCUCCAAAAGCAGUGGAUGUUGCAAAUGGUCACUCUCUGUGCGGCUGUGAAGAUAUAGCCGCUUGUAAAGAGAACAUGCCGUAUGGGACGUGUGAGAAGCAAGAAGAGAAGAAACCGGAAUCUAACCUAAUGAUGAUCGCGAAGCUAACGGCUGAAGCGACCAGAGGCUAUGGUCAUCCAUCUACCAAACCGACCCAACUUGGGCUUUCUGUGUUUGUUGUAACCUUUAUCUCACUUCUCACAACUUUUUGACUCUAAUGGUUACAUUUAUAGUUAUGACAAAAUUCU